UUGGUGCCUCCUAUGGGAAUGUUGAAUAAUCCUAUGAAUGCUGUUACAACAAAAUUUGUCAGAACAUCAACUAAUAAGGUUAAAUGUCCUGUUUUUGUCGUCAGGUGGACUCCAGAGGGCAGACGUUUAGUUACGGGAGCCUCAAGUGGUGAGUUCACCCUAUGGAAUGGCCUGACAUUCAACUUUGAGACUAUUUUACAGGCUCAUGACAGUCCUGUGAGAGCCAUGACAUGGUCACAUAAUGACAUGUGGAUGCUUACUGCUGAUCACGGAGGAUAUGUCAAAUACUGGCAGUCCAACAUGAACAACGUCAAGAUGUUCCAGGCACAUAAGGAGGCGAUUAGAGAGGCCAGUUUCUCCCCCACGGAUAAUAAAUUUGCUACAUGCUCUGAUGACGGCACUGUUAGAGUAUGGGACUUUCUGCGUUGUCAUGAGGAGAGAAUUCUGCGAGGCCAUGGAGCAGAUGUCAAGUGCGUGGACUGGCACCCUACAAAAGGGUUGCUUGUGUCAGGAAGCAAGGACAGCCAGCAGCCAAUCAAAUUCUGGGAUCCAAAAACUGGGCAGAGUCUUGCCACACUGCAUGCACAUAAGAACACUGUGAUGGAAGUAAAGUGGAAUUUGAAUGGAAACUGGCUACUUACUGCAUCACGUGAUCACCUCUGUAAACUAUUUGACAUCAGGAAUUUAAAAGAAGAGCUUCAGGUGUUCAGAGGUCACAAAAAGGAAGCUACAGCUGUGGCCUGGCACCCAAUACAUGAAGGCAUGUUUGCCAGUGGUGGUUCUGAUGGUUCCUUACUAUUUUGGCAUGUGGGAGUUGAAAAGGAAGUUGGAGGAAUGGAGAUGGCACAUGAAGGAAUGAUCUGGAGCUUGGCAUGGCAUCCGCUUGGGCACAUUCUGUGCUCUGGUUCCAAUGAUCACACAAGUAAAUUCUGGACAAGAAACAGACCUGGGGAUAAAAUGAGAGAUCGAUACAACUUGAAUUUGCUCCCAGGAACAUCAGAAGAUGGUGUGGAAUAUGAUGACUUGGAGCCAAACAGUGUUGCUGCCAUUCCAGGAAUGGGUAUUCCAGAGCAGUUGAAAGCAGUACUGGAACAGGAACAGCUUUGCAAAGAAGAACCCAUGGAAAGUGAACUGACAAUUCCUGGACUUGACUGGGGAAUGGAAGAACUGAUGCCAAAGGACCAGAAGAAAGUGCCACAGAAGAAAGUGCCCUAUGCCAAGCCCAUUCCUGCCCAGUUCCAGCAGGCCUGGCUGCAGAACAAGGUUCCUGUUGCACCUGGCAGUGAAAUACUCACUGAAAGGAAAGAAGAAAUUAAACAGGAAGAUAAAAAGAAGUCACAGGCUGAAAUAGAACAGGAGAUGGCAGCUCUGCAGUACACCAACCCUAUGCUACUUGAGCAAAUGAAGAUUGAGCGAAUGGUUCAGAUUCAGGUGGAACAAGCACAGCAGCAGCAGCAAGUUGGCCCUCCACUGGGCCCUCCUCAACCUUUUCCAGCACAGCUUCCCCAUCCGCAGCAGCCACCUCCAUCUUUCCAGCAAUCAAUUCCUCCACCUCCUCUACCUCCUCCACCUCAUCCUCCACAGAUUCCUAUAAGCAUGCCUCAGAUGGGCCCUCCUAUGCCACAGGGACAGUAUCAUCCUCCUCCACCUCAUCCUCCUCCUCAGGGACAGAUUGUGACUCAAGCCCCACCUAUGCUUCAAGGAGCACCUGUCCAUCAAGGUUUCAUCGGAUCACAAGGACCUCCAGGAGUACAAGGACUACCUCCAAGGCCUCCAGAUAUGCAUGGGCCACAAGUAAUGCAGAGACAUCCGGGUCCCCAUGGCCCAUUAGUCCCUCAAGGGCCACCAGGUCCUCAAGGUCCACCAGUUCAAGGGCCUACAGGUCCACAGGGGCCACCAGGUCCCCAAGGGCCACCAGGUCCACAAGGGCCACCAGGUCCUCAGGGUAAUCCAAUUCCACCAGGUCCAUCUGGGCCACACGUUCACAUGGGUCCCCCUGGUCCUCAAGGACACAUAGCUCCUCCUGUACCCCCAGGACCCCAGAGUCAUUUAGGCCCCCAAGGACUUCAAAGUGCUCCUGGUCCAAGAGUUAUGCAAGGCUUACCACCUCCUGGAAUGCAGGGAGUACCAGUAUCUCAAGGUAUGCAAGUUGUUCCUCCUCCUCCACAAGGGCCAAUGAUGGUUCCUCCUCCAAGAGGCAUACAAGGACCUCCAGGACCCAGAGACAGUCAAGGACCUUCUGUACAAGGCGGAAGGUUAGGCAUUCAACCACAGAUUCAGCCACAAGACUUGCGAGGACCCCCUCCUCCUCCUCAUCAUCAUCAUCAUCUUCCUCCAGGUGGAAUGUUAGGACAUCCAACACAGGAAAUGAGGAUGCCACAAGGACCACAAGGAAUGCAAGUUCCUCCUCCUCAAACACCACAUUUAGGACCACCACAGGAAAUGAGAGUACCUCCAGUAUCUCAGAGUCAGCAAGGAACUUCCCAACAGCAAGGCACUCUGAUGGGAUCAUUACCACAAGGAGGAAUUCAAGGGCCACCUGGGCCACAGAAUCCCAGAGGACCUCACAAUAUCCAGGGCCCUUCCACUGGACAGGGUCUUCCUCCUCCUCAUCCUCCUCCUCCUCCUUUUCAGCAGCAAAACAAACCAUCAUUGCUGGGUGAUGGACCUCGAGCACCUUUUAAUCAGGGUGGUCAGAAUCAGGGCCCACCACCACCACCAAUGAUGCCAGCAAUGGGACAGCCUGGAACACAAGUGCGGAUUCCAAGCUCUAACCAAGGGCAAGCAAUACCUAACCCUGGAAAAGGUGAUUUUCAUGGACCACUAAACCACCACAUGGGCCCAUCACAAGAAAGAAGGCCUGAUCCGAAUGCACAGGGUCCAGAGCAUGGCCCAGAUAGGGGAUCAUUUUGUGGUUCCCAGGACUGGGGGGAUAUGAGAGACAGUCGAGGCCCACCUGACCGAAGGGGCCCUUCACAGGAUUAUGACACAUCUGAUGACUAUCAAGAUAAGAGAUACGGACACAGAACGAGAGAGUUUGAAGGGAGGGGAGGACCUGCCUCUCAGGACGAUAAUUGGAGAAGAGGGGGAAAUGGACAUCCUUACCCCUCUGAUUCUAGAGAAUUUGGAGAAGGAGAGACCAGAGGAUCAAGUCGGGGUCAGUCCUCAGGAUGGGAAGGACGCAGACCCCCAGAUGAAAGGUUUUCUCGAGAGACAGAUGAUUCUAGGUAUCGAAGUAGGCGAGAAGACAGGUUUGAUCAAGGUAGUGGGGAUUUUGAACAGCGACCUCGUGAUCAGCGUCGAACUAUAUCCAGCCGUCAAGGACAAGACUUUGAGCAACGAGAACAGUUUGAUGAUUCCAGUCACAGAAGAGGUAGCUCUUCAAGAUCUGAAGUACGUGGUGGAAGGGUGAGAGAGAAUUUCCGUUCAGGCUCUGCUGAUGAUGGAGAUGAUGAUGAUGACUCUGAGCUUCUUGAGCAGGAGAGCAAGAGAGGAAGAGGACGGAAUCGUGGCAUGAGCAGAGGUUCUGAUGUGGUCCACAGCAGUCCUCGCAAGGAGCACAGUUCCAGCGAUGGCCAUUCACCUGCUAGUAGGGAACGUUCUUCAUCUCUCCAGGGUAUGGACAUGUCAUCUCUUCCACCACGCAAACGUCCUUGGCAUGAUGGGCCUGGCACUCCAGACUCCAGGGAAGCAGAGUCUCAGAGAGCACCAUCAGAGGAGAGGAGGCAAGGGCGCAGUGGUUCUAGUUCUUCUCAACGAAAGUCUGGACGAUCCUGUCCCACAGGUGGAGAACCCCAUGAUGGCUACCUUAAAGAAGAAGGUCACAGUGGAUCUGGAGGAGGUGGCAACAGCAAUACUGGCUCAUCCAGAGGAAGGGGUGGAUCUGGUUGGGGAAGAGGUGGGACUGGAAACUCAAAUCAGUCAAGACGAGGAUCCUCACGAGGAGGAAGGAUUCGGUAGAAACACAUCCUUCCCAAAUAGACAGUAUUCCACUUUAAACAGCCUCUUAGCUGCUUCAGAAGUUGGCCUAAAGAAAAAAGCAAAAGAUAAACUAUUGACUAAUUAAAUUAAGUGACUGGGAUAUUUCCUGAUGAUUUUGAAUGUGUAAUAUUUCAGCGAAGAUGGAAUCUCUAACAUUUCAGGAUAGGCCUCAGAGAGCUCCUACGGCAGAUUUUCCAUUUACCAUCAGCCGUAACUGAAAUAUUUCCCAUCUAUUUCCUUUUAUGUAUCUGUUUUGUGGACGUAGACCUACAACAGGUCCCUGCAGAGUGCUGUGGUUUUCAGAGCACUUCCACCAUCCGUUUCCGUACCACUGCAAAAGUGGACAUUGUCUUCUUAAAUGUACAGUUUGUCUGAAAUUGUCCAGCUUUUUUGUAUGAAUACGAAAUAUAAUUUACGCAGGAUUUAACAAGAA